AGAUGAGAUAGAUGGUGAUGAAAGACACCUCGAGCGAGGACUCCACAACGGAAUGCAGCACCAGCACCGCAUCGAGUGCAUGCCUCCAAGAGGAGGUGGCCACGAGAUGGUCUGCAGUGCGGCGGCGGGCGUGGUUGAGGUCGGCUGCUGCCACUCUGCUGGCGUUGGCCGCAAUCUUUGUGCCGGUGUGCACGUACGCAGCGUCUGAGAUGUGCUCCCGGGAGGUGGCAAUGCCCUACACACAACAUUCCUUGUCCCUGGAGGAGCCAGCAACGUGGGAGGUGGUCUUCACGGCCAUCAUGUCCAUGAUCUGCCUGGGCCUGGUCUUGUACUCCCAGAUGAAGUGGUGGCUGGCGAGCCCCUUCCUGAUCCUGCUGCGGUGGCACGUGCUGCUGGACGCCGUCAAUGUGUGGCUCUUCCACUACCUCUCCGUUCAACCUUUCUGCGCCGUGACCGCCGAAUGGCAGCUGGCCAUGCUCUCCUGGUUGUCAGUUUUCAGCCAGAUCUUCUUUUGGUGGAAUAAGUUUAUGGGCUUUUACAUUAUCAAGAACCACCUCGGCAUGCUCGAGCGUGCUUUCCAGCGCUCCCUGGGCGCGAGCUUUUUGGAUCUUUUGCACAUGUCGUUUGGCGUGGCAGUGCUCACAGCGAGCGUGCUCUUCGUGGUGUUCAAUGCCAUGCAGGGGGACGCUCACUGGCUUGUCGCUAGCGUCAUAAUCAUUGAGAUUGCAGUGGUGGUCUCCACUUUGUUUGUGAUGGUGCUCAUGAUGCGGGGCUUUGGGUUGGCCUACCGUUAUGCCCGCAUGGAGCGCACAGCUGCCACAAGCGAGGUGCAGAGAGAACUUGCCGCAAAGUCAGUGACAUUCUCGAAGCGGAUGUCUAUAGAGACACCUAUAAACAUGAUUCUGGUGGCUGCGGGCUUUACCAGCCAUGCAGUGUGGCUGAUUCAUGUGCACUUCCCUGGCAAUUCCAUGUGCAAGUUCGGCCCUGCAACAGAACCUGUAUUCCUAUUUAUGGCAGUGCUCUCCCUGACCAACUGCGCGCGAUUUGGCGCGAUUCUGUCGUUGAUGGAAGUCAGUGAGCGCAGGAAAAGGGCGGGCACGUGGCGGAAAGGCUUAUCUAUGAUGCUUUCUUCUUCCAGGGACCUUGAGGAGUGGAGCACCGGGCACCCGGACUGGGAUGCCAAGGUUGCGGACCUGGCCUCGCGCGCGGUGACGCUAGGUGCUUUGUUAGACUUCUACAGCAGUCUGCCGGAGAGAAUGCCGCACUUCGACCCGGAGAAGCACACCACCGAACAGGUAGUGCGCCAGGCGAUCAUCCCCAUGUCUCGAGGCACCAUCCAUGGCGACUGCCCAGCGGCCAUUGUACUCAUGGGCGAGGCCCUGAUGCCAGACCUGAUGGUGACGCACAGCUGGUCCAACCGCUUUGCGUGCCUUGUGGCUGCUGUGGUAGCGGACGCUUUGGAGGUCCCGGGUUACACGAAGGUGCUGCGGGACGGACGGCUGAAGCCAGGGGAGCUGGAGGUGCUCAAGUCCGAGCUCUUCUGGAAAGGCAAGCUGGAGAAGAGAUAUUGGAUAUGCGCAUUCUCCGUGAACCAGCACAUGGGCAUUUGCGGAUUUGUGCCACCGAGCAUGCAGGAAGUGUAA